UAAUAGCCAGAAUUAGAAGCGCGCUGAAUUUCGUGCACAUAAACCUCACCAAAACUUUCAACGAAAAUAUGUCAAGUUUUUUAUACCCUUGGGAGUUUGGCAACACGUUUUGUUUACGCGAUCUGCCAGACUGCCAGGAAGAGAAAUAGUGAUUGGAAAGCAGCAAUCAGCACGUCUUUAAGUUUUCGUGGUUAUUGUUGCUGGUAAAGGGUAAUGGACCUGAGUUAAAAUAAACAGUUUGAAGUAGUGUAAAGUCAAAGUAAGACUAAAUACGAGUUAAAUAGCAAACAACGAGGGAAUAAAGCUUGGCAUGAUGAGAGUAGUGUAACGUGCCCGUAACUGUGUUAGUGGGGCGAUCGCUUAGGAACCACAGAAGACCCACCAGUAGCAGCUGCACUUAAGACACCCCUGAAACACACCAAGUCACGUCCGAUGACAGGCUUUGACCUUUGACCUCUGAGUGUCACCUGGCGGCCCGAGCGAUAGUGAAAAUGACCGGCGACCACCACAAUGACGGUGCCACCAACAACAGUCAGCAGCAGCAGCAGCAGCUGAGAGCCAGGAGCCCAGACAUGGACGCGCAGAAGUACGCUGCGAGUAUUUUACUUCCGGACACAGACGUCGUCUUCAGGAACAUCAAAAAUGCCAAGAGGUUCGCCAUCGACAUCGGAGGAUCUUUGACAAAGAUAGCUUACUAUUCAACAGUUUCACAUCGAAAAGUUUUGUACGACUCGGAGAAGGAGGGAACUUCAUCUGGUGAUGGUUGUGAGUAUCAGUAUGAGAGUUCGGAGAUUGAAAAAAGGCUACAUUUUGUCAAGUUUGAGAAAUACAUUGAAAAUUGCCUUGAUUUCAUCCGUGAUCACUUAGUUUCCAGUAAAGAUUCAGUGAUUGGCAAAAGUAUUAAGGCCACAGGUGGUGGGGCUUACAAAUAUGCAGAGUUAAUCCAGAAGAAGCUUGGAUUGAUGGUAGAAAAGGAAGAUGAAAUUGGUUGUUUGAUUAAAGGAUGCAAUUUUCUAUUAAGAAAUAUCACAGAUGAGCAGUUUUCCUACUGUAGGCAUGAAGAUCCAGAGUACCACUUCAUCAACUCUGAUCCCAAUAUUUUUCCCUAUCUUUUGGUUAACAUUGGUUCUGGAGUCAGCAUAAUGAAGGUUGAGGCAGAUAACAAAUAUGAAAGAAUUGGUGGAACCAGCAUGGGUGGCGGAACAUUUUGGGGCCUCGGAUCUCUACUUACAUCUGCAAAAGGUUUUGAUGAAUUGCUGCAACUAGCAAGUGAGGGGGAUCACCGCAAUGUAGACUUGCUAGUUAAGGACAUUUAUGGUGGUGACUACAGUGCUUUAGGAUUGACAGGUGAUAUUAUAGCAUCUAGCUUUGGGAAGGCAAUGCAUAGCAGUCACAUGAAAGCAGAUGGAAGUAAAGGCUUUUCUGAGGCUGAUAUUGCAAGAAGUUUACUAUUCACUGUUAGUAAUGAUAUUGGACAGAUUGCAUCAUUAUAUGCUAUGCUUCAUGGCCUUAAAAAGGUUUAUUUUGGUGGUUACUUCUUAAGGAAUCAUCCUGUUAGUAUGCACACCAUUAGCUUUGCCAUAAAGUACUGGAGUCGCGGUGGUGUUCAAGCACUCUUUUUGAGGCAUGAAGGUUACCUAGGCGCAAUUGGAGCCUUUUUGCGAGGAGCAGAAGAAUGUGAUCCAGAAAACUAUUCUUGGAGUGAAAAUUAUGCUGGGUCGUCUGGCUUGCAAUCCCCACUACCACGUCCCCAUGAAGUAGGGUGGCCUGGAGGUACUAUUGACCAGUUGGAGAUAGACAGAUAUGACCAACAAUUAACUUUCUUCCCAUUUUUGGCAAACCCUAAGGAAUAUAUACCAGAUGCUGUAGAUUUAACAAAAGACAAGGAAGCCAGGGAAUACUGGUUAUCAUGUUUUGAAGGUUCCUUAAGUAGCUUUGUAAAUCGUGCUAUUUCCUCUCAGCCAAAUAGUCCUGAUGGUGUUGAGAGAGAUAAAUUUAGAGACAAGUAUAUACAACGGCUCCACAACCUGAAAAAUCAUCCUUUGUGA